AUGGGGUACGAGUGUCAGUGUUGUCGAGUGUAUUCGCACCUGAGUUGUCUGCUGGUAUGUGAACGGAUCAGUUGCAAGGCACCCGGGCGUCUGACCCAUCAGUUCCGAGAAGGGAACCUGGAUAAUAGCGCGAUCUGUGCCUUGUGCGGUGUCGUAUGUACUUCUUCCUUUUCAUUGUUCGGUCUCGAGUGCCUUUGGUGCCGUAGGGCGUUCCACGCUUCUUGCUAUCAACGUGCAAAGGAAGCCAGACAACCUAUCGCCCUCACCUGCGACCUCGGACCGCUCUGCCACCUUAUCGUCCCACCCAAUACGCUAAUCAUGCGAACAGACUUGAAGCGAACAUGGACAGAGCUUAGACGCAAAUCGGAUGACCGCCCCACUGCCUUGCCGACCACGGCAGCACUGCCCACCGCUCCAACACUACCCACACCCGGCGGACCCGCCACUGCGCCAGUCGUCGUCCCUGCGAGCGAGGUCGAAAAGCAAUCUAGCUCCACCGCCGCUCUCCUGGACCCCACCUCCAAGUCAGUCAGACGCGUGGCAGUCACUGCUCGCAAAGCACUGGAUUGGCAGCUCAUCAACUUUCCAUCCAACGCCGAGAUUUCCGCCCUCUACGACUUUUUCUCCGAGGCACAAAAGACCAAGGGUGUAGAACCAAAAGAGGUCACCAAGAAAGGCAGCAAGGAACUCAACAAAGAACCAAGUAAAGACCACCCACCGGUGACUGCUGUACCGCAGGAGACUGCCGUACCGCAGGAGACAGCCGUACCGCAGGAGACAGCCGUACCGCAGGAGACUGCCGUACCGCAGGAGACUGCCGUACCGCAGGAGACUGCCGUAACCCAACAGACCGCUGGGACCGAUAACACUACUGUCGCGCCGGAGGCUGCAGCGGAGGCUACUACGAAUGUUACUGCGGAGCCCAGCGCAGCUAACGAGAAUGCCGCGGCUCAGGUGAAGCAAGUCAUACAAGAAGCUGCUCACGAAACAACUCAGCAAGCAGCUGAGGGCAUAGAAGCGGUCCCGGACGCGGAUGUGAGCGCCACGACCGCCCCCAGUGGGGCUAAUAGUGUAGAGUGUGAAGUUGAAACUAGAGAGCGGAAGACACCGAAGGAGGCCGUGCUUCCAGCGAAAACGAGACCGUGUCCACCAGAA